GCCGCAUCAGCCAGACCGGCGAUUCGACCGGCGGUUUCUCCAAUUCAUCCGCGUCCAUCCAUGAACCGGAUCCUGACUCUGCUCUCGCACCACGUCCCGAAGGCGAUCUGGCGUCCAUCGACUAUCCGGAUAUUGCUUUGGGUUCGCCCCGCAUCCUGGUGGGAAUCCUGACGGUGCCAGCCAAGUUCCAGCGCCGGAUGAUGAUCAGGUCGACGUACAUGCGCCUCAAGCCCGAACACACCGAUGUGUACUUUGUCAUGUGCUCGAUCGAUCAGGAAAAUGCGGGCUGGUAUGCCUCGAUGGUCCACUUCGAGGCCAUCAACCAUCGCGACAUCAUCAUCCUCGACUCCUGCACCGAGAACAUGGACAUGGGCAAGACCUACUCGUAUUUUGAGUUUGUCGGCCGCCCCCACAGCCCGUCUGUCGUCGGUACCCUCCAGCUGCCGGCCUACGACUACGUCAUGAAGACUGACGACGACGUCUUCCUGCACCUGCCCAACCUCGAGGCCCGCCUUGCCGGGAUCCCACGCAAUCUCGCUUACUACGGGCGCCAGUUCAGCGGCUUCAUGACCGGCAUGGGCUAUGCUCUCUCCUACGACCUCGUCCGCUGGAUCAGCCAAGAGUGCGAGUAUUGCGCCGAGAACAAGGUCGGGCAGGAGGACUUUAUGGUUGCCAAAUGGAUGAUCCACUCUGGCAAGAGGAUCCAUUGGAUCUCGGAAGACUCCGAGCACUACGACGCCCCCGAGUUCAAGCAGGGCUGGUCACAUCCUUAUACCAGCGGCACCAUCCUGAUUCACAGACUCAAGGACGACAAGUGGUUCAUGAACGCCGCCGCCCGGUUUGUCCUGCCCUUCAUUUGAUCGGGCGGAAUCGAGCCGCUGGCGCUUCCUGCAUCAUCGUAAAUCAGCACAGCUGUUCAGCGUUUUGUUCUAGCCUCCGAUGAUCUCCUCAACUGUUCGUGAUGUAGUGCUGGCGAUAUUCCAAACCUGGUUUCUCAAUGAGUGACGGCAGCACAGGUCCAAAUAGAAUAGCUCGAUGCUGCGCUGAUCCAUUGGGGCUGCCCUCGGCAUGUCGAUGCAUGUCUGGGGGUGUCCAUGUCGGUCUCAGCUUGGAUCAGGGAUGGCCAAGUCGAGGGUCGGUGCUCGCACGCCCUGGAU